UAAAAAUCAUUUCAGUCUGUGCCAUUUGCAAACAGAGAGCAACUGAAUAACAGGAAACAUGCUCACCAGUCACAGUUUCCAGAACAGAUCCCAUCUUCGCUCAGAGAUAAAGAGUCAAGAUCAGCCACAUAAUCCUUAUGUGAACAACAGAGAGGAGUUCACCAAAUUGUGUCUACCAGCUGCCAACAGGGAUCCCCAAUGCCCUGUGUGUUUGCAACCAGCCAGUUAUCCUGUAGAGACCAACUGUGGGCAUCUUUUCUGUGCGCCAUGCCUGAUAUCUUACUGGAAACAUGGCUCCUGGUUAGAUGCCAUUAGCUGUCCUUUGUGCAGACAGACGGUGAAUAAGAUGUCUCAUCUCUUCAGUGAGAACAGAGAUGACUGUAAAGAGAUCCUGAGACAUAUUAGAGAUUACAACAAGCGUUACACUGGAGCUCCAAGACAGGUCAAAGAUUACCUCUGUGAUGCUCCUCUCUUCCUACUAUUGCUGGUGCGAUGGUUGGGAAACAUGGGCGGCCUGGUAUGGCUUUUUAUUUUGAGGGUAGCGGUCUGUGGCUUCGGGGCUGCCAUGUCUCUGGCAUCGCCGCUGGAGACCCUACCAGGACCGUUGGGCAGUGUGCUGGGCAUACUGGAUGAAUUUGUAGUGGUUUUUCUUCUUCUGAUCUGCAUUAUUAACAUCAACCAGCAGAUGACACCACAGAGGACUCAGUCGGUCACACAGGGUGUGCUGACCGAUACAUUGUAGAGAGGACACUGAUAAUGUGCCAGCUACUAGCAUGUUGAAAUUACAGUAAUGGACCUUGAUGGCAAAGGUUAAUGGACCUAGUGCACUUUGUUUUCGGUAACCAUGAAUUUUCAGUGAAGUCAGUGUGAUAGACAAAAUUAUAAGAGUUUUAAUAUUAUUUGUUUAAAGGACGA